AUGCCUAUCGACACCGAAACUCUGAUUCGCUCGCAAACCGAGCUGCACGGCCGCAUUUCGCGUGCUUACGAGAACUUGAAAAAGUCGGGAACUACCAAGGUCACCCUGGGAGUGGCUGAGGCUCGUCUCCAAGGACUGGAGUCAAACUGGGCUAAAUUCGAAGCCCAGCAUGAGUCGAUAUUCGACACGCCCUGGGAAAGAAUUAAGGAGCUUGACUACGUCAAGCAAAGCGUGUUCGCUCUCGCCGAGGAAGCGUAUCUACAUCAGAAGGGCAUCUUCCUGGACCUCGUACGGUCCUUGAAGGCGAAGGAAGACGCCGCAUCCUCGACGGCCGGUCAAGAGACGGCGACGGUGACGUCUCGCACCGCGCUGCCUCGCAUUCAGCUGCCUGAGUUCACCGGGAAGUACGAGGACUGGCCAGCGUUCCGGGACCUGUUCCUGUCCAUCGUCGGCAAGGACACGGCGGCGACGCAGGUAGAAAAGCUACAUUAUUUAAAGAGCUGCCUAAAAGGUGAGGCUGAAUUGCUUAUUCGGAACGUGACUACGACCGGUGAGAAUUACGAACGCGCGUGGAACCUGCUUAGUUCGUAUUACGAGAAUAAACGCUUGCUAGUGCGCGCAUAUCUCGCGAAUUUCGUCUCCCUACCGAAAAUGAAGAGCGAGUCCGCGGUCGAAUUGCGAAAGAUAUUCCACGGCGUGAAGGCAACCGUCAGUUCGCUGGACGGGAUCGGCCGACCCGUGAGUCGCUCCGAGGAUUUGUUCGUGUACCUCGCCGUCGAACUCCUCGAUCCGCGUUCGCGUCGCGAGUGGGAGACCUUAAUUAGUGAGACCAACGAGCCGCCGACGUAUUUCGAACUGGAACAAUUUCUCGACCGCCGCUUGCACGCGUUGGAAUCGAUGCUACCCGUUAGAGUGGACAGUGCCGCGAAUAAGUCGGGAAACGGAACGGCGAAAUCAGCUCGGAGUCAUCUCGCGAGUAAACAGGGGGGUAAGUCCGAGGGCAAGCGUGGCCGCUGCCCGCUCUGUACUAAGGAGCACAUUUUAAUGUUCUGCGACGAAUAUAAAAAGAAGACGGCUCAAGAGCGACGGCAGUUCGUCGAAGAAAAGAGCCUAUGUUUCAAUUGUCUCGGUCGACACAAGGUGAGCGAGUGCGUCGUGAAGAAAAACUGCUCGGCGUGCGAUGCCCGUCACCAUUCUUCGAUCCACGACGCGUGCCGCGAAACCGAGAUCGCGAAGACGUCGCAUGUGGUACGCGGAGCUCCUGUUAAGCCGGUGGCCGUGCUCCUCGCCACCGCUCGCGUUCGCGUCGCCGAUCAUUUCGGCGCCUGGCAUUCCGCGCGCGCUUUAGUUGACCAGGGAUCAGAGAUUUCGAUGAUUUCCGAAAGACUCGCGCAGCAAUUGAAACUUCCGCGAUUGCCCGUGUCGAUUUCGGUUUUCGGGAUCGGCGGACAAAAGACUAGCACUGCGCGAGGCCGUGUCUCGCUGUCAAUGUCGCCGCGGUCGGGUGGAGCAGCAAUGGCGAUUUCGGCCAUUAUUCUCCCUCGUCUCUCUGCUUACGCGAGUGGAACCUCAGCCGUCGCGAUGUCCUGGGCGCACAUUCGUGGCCUGAGUCUAGCAGAUCCGGACUACUCCGCGUCCGAUGCUAUAGACGUGCUACUCGGAGCCGACGUCUACGCCGCCAUCCUCCGACAAGGGCUCCGUCGGGGUGGCAAUGGCGAGCCAGUCGCCCAGAAUACGACGCUGGGCUGGAUAAUCUCGGGCUCCGUCGGGGAAUUGAGCUCUGGCCAUUCGGCACAGGCCUUCCAAUGCCGGGUCGAAGAGGAUCUAGCGGACAUGGUUCGCCGUUUCUGGGAGCAGGACGAAAUUCCGUCUACGUCUAGCGUGAUUCUCAGCCAAGAAGAUCGGGAGUGCGCGGAGCAUUUCGCUCGCACGCAUAGACGCAAUGCCUCCGGUCGGUACGUCGUGCGUCUUCCCGUAAAAAGUCCGUUGCCGGAUCUCUCGGACACGCGUCGCGUAGCAGUGCGGGUGUUAAAGCACAUGGAAGGAAGAUUCGCGCGGGACGCCUCCUUCCAUGCGUUAUACCGCGAUUUCAUGCGUCAGUAUGCCGAGCUGGGGCACAUGACGCCGAUUCCUCCGAACGCGAACGGGAACGACAAACCGCGUUGCUACCUUCCGCACCACGGCGUGAUGCGAGAAUCGAGCACCACAACGAAAUUGAGGGUCGUCUUCAACGGGUCGACCACCGUUCCCUCCGGAGAGUCCCUCAACCGGCAUUUAAUGGUCGGUCCUAAUCUGUUGCCGCCGCUAAUAAUUCUUAUCAUAAAGUGGCGUCGACAUCGGUUUGUCUUCGCUACCGACAUUGAGAAAAUGUACCGACAGAUCGUGGUGGAUCCGGAGGACAGGGACAUGCAGAUCAUCGUGUGGCGGAACGAUCCUAGCGAGGAGAUCCAGGAUCACUGGCUAAAUACGAUCACCUACGGCCUGACGUGCUCUCCCUACUUAGCCAUUCAAUCGCUGCGUCAGCUAGCCGCCGACGAGCGAGAGAAGUGGCCGCUCGGCGCGGCCGUCUUGGAGGACGAGACGUACAUGGACGACGUCUUGUCGGGGGCGGCUACUAUUCCGGCAGCCAAGGCCAUCCAACGACAACUCGUGCAGAUCUGUACGGCGGGCGGCUUCCCGCUCAAAAAAUGGUCUGCGAACGAUGACGCGCUGCUCGAGGAUCUACCCGUGGAAGACCGACUACAGCAGGAACCCCGGGGCUGGCAACCCGGCGAGAGCCACCUCACCCUGGGCCUGCGCUGGCAUCCUCGGGACGACUGCUUCGCCUUUGCUAUUCGGCUGCCUCGAGUCGAGACGUUCUCGAGGCGAGCGGCGCUCUCGCUUACGGCGCGGCUGUUUGACCCGCUGGGCUGGCUAGCCCCGGUCACAGUACGCGCCAAGAUUAUGAUUCAGUCGACGUGGCUGCUUGGCAUAGACUGGGAUACGCCGCUGCCCGACGACGACUCUCGACGAUGGCACGCGUUGCAGGACGAGCUGCCCCUCCUCGAGGCCAUACGCAUACCGCGAUGGCUGACGUGCGGACCCGAGGGACGCCGGAUUGAAAUCCACGGCUUUUCGGACGCCUCGGAACGAGCUUACGCCGCCGUUAUUUACGUGCGGACCGAAGACGAGAGCGGGAGGGUCGAAGUCAGAAUGGUGGCCGCCAAAACCAAAGUCGCUCCCUUGAAGCAGGUGACGCUACCGAGGCUCGAGUUAAGCGCUGCCAAGCUCCUAGUUCAGCUGGCAGCUCCCGUUCAGCUCACUCUCGAGGCGAGGGAAGCACCGCUUUAUUGCUGGACCGAUGCCAAGGUGGUGUUGGGCUGGAUUCGCGGCCACCCCGCCAAUUGGAAGACGUACGUGGCUAACCGAGUGAGCGAGAUCCAAACCUCGCUACCUAACGCACAGUGGCACCACGUCUCAGGACGAGAUAAUCCGGCGGAUUGUGCCUCGCGAGGACUUUCUCCACAAGAGCUGCUCGACCACCAACUCUGGUGGCAAGGGCCCCCAUGGCUUCGAACGGAGGCCGGACCGUGGGGAACUUCUUCAUCGAUGACCGAACUGCAGGACGACCUUCCGGAGCGCCGAGCGUUGGCUCACGCCGCUGCGACUUCCGCCAAGGCGAUCGACGAGUCCCCGCUUCUUACGGCGCACUCGUCACUCCUACGCCUGCUGAGGGUCACCGCCUGGUGCCGUCGCUGGCUGGCUCGCACGGGUCGAGUGAGGAUUCGAGAGGCUUCGAUUCCACUAACACUCGGAGCUGGGGACCUCGAAGAAGCUCGCCGGUGUUGGCUGCGAGUCGUACAGGCAACUCACUUUCAAGAGGAGCUCGCGACAAUACGGAGAGGAGAACCGCUGCCAUCUCGGAGCUGCCUGGCCAAGUUAAGUCCUUUUCAGGACGAACACGGCCUCCUGCGUGUCGGUGGCCGCCUGAGAAACUCCCUGCUCGCGCUGGAUGCGAAGCACCCUGUAAUUCUGCCGAGCGGGUCGCACUUCACGGGCCUGGUCAUUGACGCGCACCACAGAAGGACUCUACACGGCGGCGUUCAGAUGACUCUUGGAUCACUCCGCCAAGAGUAUUGGUUACCGAAAGGCCGCGCGCUGGUCAAAAACCGAAUACACCGCUGCGUAACUUGUUUGCGAUGGCGGGCGGCCUCACCUCAGCCGAUUAUGGGAGACCUGCCACCGUCGAGAGUAAUUCCAGCUCGGCCGUUCUUGAAUACCGGGGUCGAUUACGCCGGACCAGUGUGGCUGCGGACGACCAGAGGCCGAGGCCAUAGCGCCUGCAAGGCGUUCAUAACUGUUUUU